AUCCUUAACGGGAUCACCACAGUCCACCAUGCCUGGUCCUCCAAGAAGCAAAAUGUUUCGACUCUCCAACCCCUCCACGGCGCGAAAUUAUUGCAUGCACCGGGUGCAAGUGAACCAGGGACAUAACUAAAGAACCUACCAUCCCUCGUAGGAGACAGCUGUGACUUCCAUUUUCCAAGAAGAGCAGCAAUAAACGACCGUUGGAAGCCGCAGCCCCAAGGCCAGCCUCCAGGGUUCUUUCUAGAAGCAAGCGAGGGGGUCCUUUCUUCUUCCAUCCUAAAAGCUAGGAAUGGUAUGAGUCGUGUGCUUUGCUCUCUCACCCCUUCUUUCCGAUCCGAAUCUUCACCCGAAUAUAUCUCUUCCUCCCCGUCCUUUUAAUUCUCGUCGGGUCAUUGUGCCUUUGUUCGGAAAGCGAUUUCUAUUGGGACUUCUCUCUUCUUUUGGCUCGACCGACACGUUCUCUAGGGUUUUCAUCAAAACCGACUCUGUUGCCAGGGUUUGGAGAAGAAGCGAGACCGUGGUGGGGAUGGUGGGGCCGUCGAGGCAGAGCUUGCCGCAAUGGAUGAGCGCGGCGUCGAGCGUGGAUGUCGACGGAGCCGCCAACUUGUCGAGGUCGGACGCGUCGCCGUCUUCUCCGUCUCACCGGCGGUCGUCGUAUUCCGACGCUAAUAUGGGAUUUGGGGUGCGGGCGCUCUCUGCCGCGGGGGCUGCUUUUCUUUCCGCGAUUCUUAUGAAUCCUCUCGAUGUGGUGAAGACGAGGUUACAAGCCCAGGCAGCUGGAGUUCCAUAUUACCCUUCACAGCAUCAGUAUGGAAGGCAAAUGACUUCCCUUGGCCCCAAUGGGGUAUUGAGUCAACCCCACUUUUUUUAUGUGAAGCAGAUGGAUGCGUGAACUGACGAUCAGAACUUUUCAGAAAGUAAAUUGAGAGGAUCAGUUAUUGGUUGAGACUUGUCUUGAGGAUGUACGGAAAAAUCGCGAUUCAUUACCUGGAUACUUUCAGAUAUCAGAUGUUUUCCAUCAUGCGCUCGUGGUGGAAUAUUUGCAAGUGGACCAGUCUGUCCUCCUGAUUGUUUUCAAUACAAAGGAACAAUGGAUGUAUUCUAUAAAGUUGUUAGACAAUGCAGGAAGGAUUUGCUAGAUUGUGGAGGGGCACAAAUGCAGCACUAGCAUUAGCUGUACCAACUGUGGGGAUAUACUUACCAUGUUAUGACAUAUUCCGCAAUUGGAUUGAACAAUUCACAACAUGUAAUGCUCCUAAUUUGACACCAUAUGGCCCACUGGUUGCAGGCUCACUUGCACGCUCAUUAGCAUGCAUAACUUGUUCUCCUAUUGAGUUGGCAAGAACACGCAUGCAGGCAUAUAAAGAGUUCCGAAAUGGAGCAAAGCCCCCAGGAAUGUGGAAAACGUUACUUGGGGUUUUAUCCGCUCACAAGAGUGCCAAUAACCAUCAAAAUUUGCAAAGCUAUCGCAUUAUGUGGAUGGGUGUGGGAGCGCAACUCGCCCGUGAUGUACCUUUUUCUGCUAUAUGCUGGUCAACUUUAGAGCCGAUUCGGAGAAGAUUACUUGCACUAGUUGGUGAGGAAGGCAAUGUGUCUAGUAUAUUAGGAGCAAACUUUUCGGCUGGUUUUGUAGCAGGUAGCCUUGCUGCUACUGCUACAUGUCCUCUUGAUGUUGCAAAAACUCGGAGACAAAUCGAGACGGAUCUAUCAAGGGCACUAAAAAUGACCACAAGGCAAACCUUAGUGGAGAUGUGGAGGGAUGGAGGACCAAGUGGUCUCUUUACAGGUGUAGGCCCGCGAGUUGGACGAGCUGGACCUUCUGUAGGCAUUGUUGUUUCCUUUUAUGAAGUUGUCAAGUAUGUUUUGCAUCAAAGACACAUAAACUCAUAAAAAGGUAAUUGGUUAUUUAUUAAAAGUCUACCCGUUCUUCUUUGGAGCUCUCAAGGGGGAUGGCGUUGAUGCAGUUGAUACUGCCUUUCACAAUGUUGGGAAGGUCAUAAAAAAUUUGUCUUGAUGCAGAGCAAAUGAGAUGCCAUUGCGAGAGCUUUUGCAUCUUUUGAACAUGCAAAAUGCUUGUCCAAUUUUGUUCGAAGUAAUAAGCAUUCAUUAGUCAAAAUGAGAUGCAACUCAAUUUUUUGGGAGGUUAAAUUGUAGAGACUAACGUUGUUUUCUCUCACUCCUUGUUCAUAAAUUUUCAUUAUUUUGCCUUGAGGCUUGCAUAUUAUCCUGUGGUCAACAACUGUUUUCUUGUCAUGGUAAAUUUCAUCUAAAUACACUUGAAUGAGUGAGUCAAAAACAAGAAUGUUUUAGAGGAACUCAUGCAAAUGCUUCCAGUAAAGUAUUUUCCUUUGAGGUCGAUAUAGGUGUUAAAAAAUUUAGAAACGGAUGUUUGUGAGUUUCUUUUCUGGUUCCAUGAGGCUCUCCAUGUUUGGAUCUUCAUUGUUUUCUUCCAUGUUUUCAAAAUUUCCUCCUUAAAGUUCUCUCUGCUGUUAGUCAGGCUGCAGUUUUCAAUAUUGUUUUGGUAUGAUGAUCAUGUUCAAAUAGGCCUUGAUGACAUUUGGAUUUUGUUCAUGGCAAGAAUAAUCAGUAUAUCGCAUUUGAGAUUUUUUUAUCUUUUUCAUCAGAGUCGUUUCUGUACCUGGCCAAGAGUCAAUGGUGGAUUUUAUGUCAUUUUAUUUUUAGGUAAGAGUUUUUUUUUUUUGGUAAACUUGGAUAAGAGUUUAAUGGGUUUUGUUAAAUGGCUGUCUCAAUCAAAAUCUGCGAAAUCGGUAUUGGUGGUCGGUUCGGCCGGCCAGCGGUAUGAUUUAGCAUUCCGAACCAAGGUGGAUUGACGAAGGAAAACAAAAUCAAAUCAAAGAAGAAAAAGAGAGAAAUA